AACUUUUAAUCUCAGUUACCAAGUUUGCAGUCUGACCCAUACACCGUACUCCUCCAUGAUCCUCAAGAGAUUCUUAUCUGUCAAGCCUCCGUUUGUGCCAUUGACUACAGAAGGGUUCACCGAAACUAUCGGCAACACCCCCCUCAUCAAAUUACCCAAAAUCUCCUCCAGAAUCAACAGAAAUGUCUACGCAAAAGCCGAGUUCAUGAACCCAGGAGGUUCUAUUAAAGAUAGAGCCGCGCUAUACGUCAUCAAGGACGCCGAAUCAAGAGGUCUCAUAAAACCAGGUGGUACCGUUAUCGAAGGAACUGCUGGAAAUACCGGGAUAGGUUUAGCUCACGUUUGUAGGUCUAGAGGGUACAAAUGUGUGAUUUACAUGCCAAACACUCAAGCCAAAUCCAAAAUGGACACCUUACGCUUAUUAGGCGCCGAAGUUCACCCUGUGCCCGCAGUUGCAUUCGACAACCCCGAAAACUACAACCACCAGGCCAAAAGACACGCAGACAGCUUGGAAAAUGCAGUUUGGACCAACCAGUUCGACAACACCGCCAACCGCCAAGCCCACAUCGAGACCACCGGCCCCGAAAUAUGGGCUCAAUUGAACGGGAAAGUGGACGGGUUCACCUGUUCCACCGGAACUGGUGGUACAUUUGCUGGUAUCACCCGGUAUUUAAAGACCAUCUCCAACGACAAAACCAAAUGCGUAUUGGCCGACCCUCCUGGGUCUAUCGUUCAUUCUUAUAUCCAAAGCAAAGGUAAGGACAUCGUCAGAGGUGGUUCCUCGUUCACUGAAGGUAUUGGGCAGGGUAGAAUCACUGAAAACUUGCAGCCGGAAAUAGACAUCAUUGACGACUCAUACAAGAUUCCUGAUGAAGAAAGCAUCGUGAUGUUAUACCAAUUGUUGGAUGAAGAAGGAAUUUAUGUAGGUGGAACCUCUGCCUUGAAUGUAGUUGCAGCCAUUAGGUUGGCUCAGGAAUUGCCUGAAGGAUCUAAUGUCGUGACGGUUUUGGCCGAUUCGUGCCACAAAUACAGCGACCGGAUCUUCUCCAAGUCAUGGUUGGAGUCCAAGGGCUUGUAUGAUGCCAUCCCUGAAUCCUUAAAGAAGUAUGCCUCUUUAGAUUAGAAUAUACACCGGCGGUUUUUGCAGCCUUUCUGCGGCGUGCAUCACCCACUUUGGCCAGCC